AUGAGCGCGGCGUGGGGCGGCCCCGGGCGGCGGCGGCGCGGGGUCGGGGGGCGGCGGCGGACGCUGCGGGGGUUGGGGGGGCUGGGAGGGCUGGCGGGGCGGCUGCUGCGAGCCUGGGCGCGGCUGGCGGGGGGACGAGGGGAUCGGGGCGCCCGGCGGCGGCGGCCGCAGCCCGAGGACGACGAGGGCGGCUUCGAGAGCGCGGGGAGAAGGGAGACGACGCGGGGCGGCGGGGCCGGGGCGGCGGGGAGCGGGGCGCGACCGCCCGGCGCGCAGGGGCUGCGGAACCACGGCAACACGUGCUUCAUGAACGCCGUGGUGCAGUGCCUCAGCAACACCGCCCCGCUCGCCGAGUUCCUGGCGCUCGGACGCUACCGAGCCCGCGGGGCCCGCGCCGAGGUCACGCACCGCCUGGCGGCUCUGGUCCGCGCCCUCUGGAGCCUGGAAUACACCCCGCGGCUCUCCGCCGAGUUCCAGAGCAUCGUGGCCAAACACGGCGCGCAGUUCCGCGGUAACGCGCAGCACGACGCCCUCGAGUUCCUGCUGUGGCUGCUGGACCGCAUGCACGAGGACCUGGGCAGCGCCUCGCCCGCACCGGGACAUCGCGCUGCCCACCAGUGCAGUGUGGAGCAGAGUGGUGCCAGUGGGGAGAGCUUUGUACAGAGCCACUUCCAGGCACAGUACAGAUCAUCCCUGACGUGCCCACACUGCCGGAAGCAGAGCAAUACCUUCGACCCAUUCCUGUGCAUCUCGCUGCCCAUCCCCGUGCGCCAGACCAGGGCACUGAAUGUGACGCUGGUGCUGCAGCGUGAGGGCGGGCGCUCGCUGCGCGUGGGGUUGGCAGUGCCACUGCUGGGCACGGCUGCAGAGCUGCGUGAGAUGGUGGCACGGGAGGGGGAUGUGCCCCCACAGCAGGUGAUCCUGGCCGAGGUGUCCCCGCAGGGCUUCCUGCGCUCACUGGAUGACGCUGAAGAGCUGAGCACAGCUGGGCAAGAGGCACCCCUGUAUGCCCUGCAGGCUCCCCCAGAGGCCCCUGCAGGCGCCCGCCCUGUGCUGCUGCUGCUGUGCCACGUGGCGGGCACCGGUCCGCACCGCGCCAGGUUCGGAUCACCGCUGGUGCUGUGGGCGGAGCGCGGUGCCUCUUGGGCACAGCUGCAGCGCGACGUGCUGGCCCCGCUGCGCGGCAUGAUGAGGAGCACCGUGCAGGGCACGGCGCCGCUGUUCCGCAUCCACGUGGCCAGGGAGCCCAGUGCCUACCUGUCCCCACAGGACCCACACCCGCUGUGCCACGCGGCCAUUGACAGGGCGCUGCAGCAGAGCCCCGCUGGCGGACCCCCCCAUGUCGCUCUGACAGUGGACUGGGACAUCGGCACCAAAGAGCGGCUUUUUGGCAGCGUGCAGCAGGAGGUGGUGCAGGAUGCAGACAGCGUGCGGCUGCAGCAGGCGGCACACCAGCAGCACAGCUGCACUUUGGAUGAGUGCUUCCAGCUCUACACCAAGGAGGAGCAGCUGGCACCGGAUGAUGCAUGGCGCUGCCCGCACUGCCGGGUCCUGCAGCAGGGCACAGUGCAGCUCCGCCUCUGGACGCUGCCCGACAUCCUCAUCAUCCACCUGAAGCGCUUCCGCCAGGUUGCCCAGCGCCGCCACAAGCUGAGCACGCUGGUGCGCUUCCCCUUGCGUGGGUUGGACAUGGCCCCACACCUGGCCCCGGGGGGGGGACGAUGGCAGAACUCCCUGCGCCCAACUCGGAGCUGCCCCCCGGAUGCUCUGUAUGACCUUUACGCUGUCUGCAAUCACCAUGGCAGCAUGCAGGGCGGGCACUACACCGCGUACUGCUGCAACUCCCUGGACGGGCGCUGGUACAGCUACGAUGACAGCACAGUGGAGGGGGUGCGGGAGGACGAGGUGAGCACCCGCAGCGCCUACAUCCUCUUCUACCAGCGCCGCAACGCCAUCCCUGCCUGGUCGGCCAGCAGUGCUGCCAGAGGCAGCAGCAGCUCGGCCCCAUUGAACCACUGGGCAGCCCGGCUAGGGGGCACCAAGCAGUACAGCGCAGGAUCCCAGCCUGCAGCUCCCCGCCCAUCCCCACCCUGCAGCCCGGACCUUAGCACCACACAGGAGCAAGGUGGCUUCGAAGCCCGGCCGCCGGUGCGGGUGGUGCAGAGCCGCAGCCUCAGUGUCAAGCUGCCACCCCCCGCCCGCUGCAGGGCCCCCCCCAGGGCUGUGCCCCUGCGGUGGUCCUUCGCCUCGCGCCCGCGGGCGGCCCCUGGGCAGCUGCUGCCAUACAUCCCCAUGGGGCCGGUAGGUGGGGGCAGCCCCCGUGUGGAGCAGAAGGCCGUGCUGGGUGAUGCUGCAGGCAGCACACAGAGUACAGAGCCCCCCCGCUGCACCCCAACACCACGCCGGGCCCACAGCGCCGGCCCCACCGGGAUCUCGUGCCCCAAAAGUCCCCCGUGGAGUGGCGAGCAGGAGACAGGCCCCCCCCGGGUGCGGCAGGAGGGCACCCCUCGGGCACAGCACGACCCCCACAGCCCUGAUGGGCCCAUCCGGCGCUCACAGAGCUCAGCCUGCCUCCCCCCACGGCCCCCUCACCCCAUGCGGCGCUCAGCAUCGCUGGGCCGGGGUGCAGGUGGCACUGCGGGGAUACGGGGCAGGGAGCGCACAGGAACCCUGCGGCAUGGGGCCGUGCCUGAGUCCAGCUUCUGAGGAAGGGAGGGGAUGGUUGUGGGGCUGAGCUGGCAGUGGGUGGCACCCAAAGCAUUGUGCUGUGGGGUCGGGGCAUCUCUACACUGUGGGCAUCCCACACCUGGGUACCCAGAGCCUGGAGCAUCGCACAGCUGCAUGUAUGGCUCUAGGAGCAUCCAGCACCAAGAGCGUUGUGCAGGGGGGAAACUACAAACAAAGCAUCCCUGUGCCGGGAGCAUCCUGCACCUGGGUACCCAGCACUGGGAGUGUUGUGCCAUGGGCCGUAUGCAGUCAGGGCAUUCCUGCAUCAUCAGCAUCCUGGGGCUGGGUGCACGGUGCUGGGGGCAUCCAGCGAUGGGAGCGUUGAGCUCUGGGCUAUCUGGAAGCAGGGCAUCCCUGCGCCAGCAGCAUCCUGCAUCAGGGUAUCCAUCACCACCUGUGCUGGGAUCAUCAUGCAAUGGAGUGCCCAAAAUCAGGGCGUGCCUGCACUAUGAGCAUCCUGCAGCUGGGUACCAGCCCUGGGCGCAUCCCACUCAGGGAUCCCUUCGCACCCGGCUGUGCUGUGCUGUCUGCACCCUCGGCCCUGUGCCUUUCAGCCCAUGCCUUACUGGGAGCAAGCAGGGGGUCUGCAGGGCCGAGGGGCUGUUGGGAGAGAGAGUAUUUAUUCUAUACAGAGAGUUCUAUGCAGAGAUGCUGUUUGUUUUCUACAAGCUACUGGUGCUGAGGGUUGGGCUGCGGGGCUGCUUGCACACUCAGGGCUAUGCAGUGCGUGGUUCUCCCGCAGCCAUUUCUAUUAAAGACAUGAAAGGAG